AUGGUUCUUCAGCCAGAGCGUCUUGGAAGAUGGUUUUCUGUUUUCAACAAUCAUAUUUUUUUCCUAACCUUUUUUUUUCUCUCUCUCGUAGGUUUCACCAGCUGCCAGAGCUUACUGCGUUAUGGAAGUAUAGGUGGGAAUAUCACUUUGUCGCCAUCAAGCACUGUAAACUUUACAGAGGUCAUGUGGAAAAAAGGAAAGGAUAAGGUGACAGAAUGGAGUACAUACCUUAACGUCACAACUUACUCCCAUUUUGGAGGGAGGGCUCAUUUAGACCCUAAGUCAGGUAACCUCACCAUCCUCAAUUUAACAUCAUCGGAUGAAGAUGAAUAUGAAAUGAAAUCCGCGGAUCUUACAGAUAGCUAUAAAUUUCAUCUUAUAGUCCUCGAUCCUCUUCCGUCUCCGACACUAAAUUGUACACUGAUAAAUGAGGUCGUCUCCUUCAGUUGCGAGGUGCCUCCGAGUUACCGCCGGCAUCGGGAGCUGUUACGCUACGCAUGGCGUUGCCUUUCCUCACAGUGUGAGGCAAGCUGGGAGCUCGAGGCCCUCGUGCUAAAUUUUACGAUGGAGGACGAUCUCUCACAGGAAGUCCAUUGUUUGGUUGAAAAUCCAGAAUCCAACAGGUCGUCCUCAAUGGUUUUGUCAACCUGCGUCCCAGGUGGUAAUUCAAGGCAUAGAUAUGCACUCAUAGCUGUACCAUUCGUAGUAGCAGCCGUUGCAGGAGGUUUUCUGAAAUGUGCCAGACGGACGGAAAGAACCACCGCCAGAUGAUGAAAUCAAAUCCUCAGUCACUAACUGGAAACAACUUAAAAUACCUCUGCAGUAUUAGUCUUCCAAAACCUUCACAGUUACCUUCACUGGUAACUUCAUCAAAGUGUUUUGGUGUGGGUUUUGUUUUGUUUUAA